AUGCACCAGAGGCCGUACUUGAUCUCACUCAUCAGGAAUAUAGAAAUCAUAGAUCAGGAGUUUGGAUCGUGGUCAGAUGGGCAAUCCAACUUGCUAGACAUCGCUCUUUCAAGCGUCAUGAAGUAUCCAAGCAAGAUUCUAUCAUUCUCGACAGCGGUUCACUGGGUUCCCCGUGAAACUGUGUUCCGCAACCUUACUUCCCUGACCUAUCUGGGAAUACACACAGAUACUGAGGCUGCGUGGGUCCGUUGGCAUCUACAGAACUGUUCCCGCCUUGCAGAGUUACGUCUUAGCUUUCCUCCAUACGGCCCAAGACUCGCCAAUGAUUGCUUUGACAUCGCUACUCUCAGUCAUUUGGAUGAAGCAACCGAAGUGGAGGCUUCAACUUUUGGAUUUGAGACUCUGUCCAGGAUCCGGCGGAGCGCCAUUAUUACAGGAGAUGUGUUUGCGACUCCUUACUUCAAGUAUUCUCCGUCGUUACGCGUUCUAGUCAUAGACGUAAGACAGAACAUCGCAUUACCUGAAACAGCAUUCAAGUUUAGCAUUCGUGAGUUGGAAGCCAUUGUCCAAGCGUGUCCCUCGUUGGAAUUUCUGGGCCUCCCAAUACACCUUGGUAACCCCCACUUCAGACGGUACCAGAGAGUCAAGCUAUCACAUCAAGCUCCGCCUAGGUUGCCUCCGAGGCAUCCAUCUGAGAGGCGAUUGCACUCCGAUAAGACGAGCGACAAACGAUGCCAAACACCUAGCUAA